AUGUCUUCCAACGUUCUCGCCGCCAAGGACGUCAACGCCCCCUUCGCCAUCGCCGACCAGACCGCCGUCAAGGGCGACGUCAAGAGCAUGGAGUACCACCGCCAAGUUCUCCAGAACAAGAUGGAGCAGGAGAAGUCCCAGCAGUACAUCUCACCUUCCGACAACAUCAUGAGCCCCUGCUCCGCCAAGCUCAACGCCCUGCGCAACAAGCAGAUUGGCAAGGUCAAGCCCAAGUCGCUCUUCGCGCAGGCAUCGUCUAAGAAGCUCGAUGGCGACGCCCUGUUCGGCGCCAAAUCUCGAUCCAUCCCCAAGGUCAACGACUCCUGA